AUGACCCGGCCAGAAACGGUGGUACCUGAAGCCCCAACCUCCCCCUAUCCGAUCCAUAACUCAGCAUCGAUCAUUUCUGGAUUUGGUCGAGGUUCAUCGGAAUUAGGUAUUCCAACUGCAAAUAUCCCGGUAAAUACCGAACUAAACAAUCUCCCUACGGGGAUAUAUUACGGUUGGUGCAAGGUCCAUCCAGAUAAAAGCAAACUGUGUGAUUCAACACAUAGCAGGCCAGAUGGGAAACCGAUAAUUUUCAACCACGGCAACAAUUUACAAAUUGAAGAGCUUAAAGUUUUCCCCAUGGUGAUGUCGAUUGGAUGGAACCCGUUUUAUCAUAAUAGGGAAAAAGCAGCUGAGAUUCAUAUUAUUCAAAAUUUCAAAAGCGGCGAUUUUUAUGGCGCCAAGGUUGAAUAUAUAGUGUUGGGGUAUAUCAGACCCGAAUUGAAUUAUACAACAAAAGAGGCUUUAAUUGAGGAUAUACAGUUGGAUAUUCAGAUUGCUAAAAAGAUACUCGAAAGGAAAGAGUAUGCAGAAUAUGAGAAGAGACUAGACUAG